CACAGCACCUUGAGAACUUGCACUUGGAGCUCUUGAGUGAUGGAAACUAUGCACUACCUUCCAGAUCAGCUCUUCCCUAACUUGGACAAGUUCCCGGGCCUGAAAGAACUGUCUGUGAGAAUAAAUGGCACACAGGACGUGCUCUCAGUCCUUCCGGGAGAGUUCCCAAACCUCCAUCACAUGGAGAAGCUGAUCAUCCAAACCUCCACGGAGUCUGACCUCUCCAAACUAGUCAACAUUUUGUCAAAUUUUGCUUCUUUGAAGAUAUUGAAUCUUAGAAACCAACAAUUCCCAGAUAAGGAAACAUCAGAAAAGUUUGCCCAGGCUCUGGGUUCUCUCAGGAACCUGGAGGAACUGCACCUUCCCACGGGGGAUGGGAUUCAUCAAGUGGCCAAACUGAUUGUCCAGCGGUGUCUGCAGCUUCCCUGUCUCCGAGUUCUCGUCUUUGCAGAGACGUUGGAUGAUGACAGUGUGCUGGAAAUUGCCAAGGGAGCAACCAGUGGAGGCUUCCAAAAUCUGGAGAGCUUAGACCUCACACUGAAUCACAAGAUUACUGAGGAAGGCUACAGGAAUUUCUUUCAAGCCCUGGACAACCUGCCAAACCUGCAAAAUCUGGACAUCUCCAGGCAUAUCCCAGAAUGCAUCCAAGUUCAGGCCAGCACCGUCAAGGCUCUGGGUCAGUGUGUGUCCCGACUGCCCAGCCUCACCAGGCUGGGGAUGCUCAGUUGGCUGUUGGAUGAAGAGGACAUGAACGUGAUUAAUGACGUGAAGGAAAGACACCCUCAGUCCAAACGCCUGACUGUGCACUGGAGGUGGGUGGUGCCGUUCUCUCCUGUCAUUCAGAAGUGAAGGACGCAGUGGAAGCCUACUGGCAGGUCCAAAACCCGUUUUUCAAAUACAUUUCACUCUAGACAGGCAUGGCAUAAUCCUAGUACUUAGACUGAGGAGGAGGAUCGAGAGUUUGGGUCCAGCCUGGGCUAUGUGACAAUACUUUACUCUAGACCCCAAUCAAAACCAAAUCGUUUACUAUUCAUAUACAAAAUAUUCUUGAACUGUAUCAGGCUGGUAACUAUUUGAGGCCUGCAUGCCUACAUCGAGCUAUGAUGCCUUGGCAGUCCUCGUAUGGUCCCUCUUGUACAAAGACUAGAGCUUCAGGCAAGUUCACACAGAGAACCCUCCAUUAUCCAGAUCAAUAGAAGAGGGCUGUGGAAAGAAACAUUGAUGAAAGACUACAUUGUGGAAGGAAUGAUUCACAUAAGUAAGAAACCGCCAGUUUAAGGAUUGAAUCAGUUCCACAUCUGAUGAGACAGGAGUUGACUUCACCACAGGAUGCAGCGAACUCUCUCCGGGAGGUGAUCUUUGGUUUUUGUAAGACUUCUGUGUGCUCACCAGUCUUGGUGUGGCCAUGUUUGCUUACACUGUCUCUCAUCUAUUUGAAAACAUGGGCUUAGAGAAAACUGCUUUUGUUCUGGUGGCUUUGGGGAAUUAUUUUUGUUAGGAUAGCUUUAUAAUUUUGUUGGAAACCCGCUCUGUUCCGGGUAUAUGAUUUAAUCUUGUAAGGAUUUCUGGGUAUAUUAACUUGGGUGUGAGAAUUGUCAUUUCAUAACUGUCACCUCUCUAGAAGCAGGGGGACCUGGGAGAAUGGAGCCAAUAAAUGCGGUGGACGAAAGUCUCA